AUGGCUGAAGUAAACCAGAAAAAGGACCAGCUUCGACGACUCGAUGAAGAAUUGUUUUAUUUACGCCAUGCCAACACAGACUUGGCUGAUAAGGAACGUCUUUCUAAAGAACGUAUGAUCAUGCGUCAAAAAGACCAAAAACAACUUCUCGACAACUACAAUGAACACGUUCGUUCUCGAAGAGCCACUAAUGACGAUGUCCGUACCAUCCAUAAAAAACUAAAAGAUCUCAAGGCCAUGAUUAAAGUACUCAGUGUUGAAUUAGCCAAACAAGCAGAGCCUGUGCUGGCUACCAAGGCCAUUAGUUCAUUCUGGGUUAAUUUACAUGAAGCCAUUUUGAGAUUGGGCGAUCCUUUGCCUCAUAAGCGGAUUGAAAUGUUGACUGAAAAGUUUUUGAUGGACGUCCUUGUUCAGAACAUGAACUACAAUUCUUUUACAGGUCUUCGUAUUUCUCAACCUUACACACAGUUGCAAAUGUGGUUUGAGCGUUAUGAUGCUCAUUUUUGUACACGUCUUAGACAAGAGAUAGCCAAGGUGGUCGUGUCUGGCAAUGUGCCUGGAUCUGAUAUCCAGCAAGAGAUCCAGAAAUUAAAUAAGCGCAUGUACACAUCGUUGUAUACCUCGCUCUUGAAAGCGUUUCCAUUUAUUGAGACGCAUGAUCAGGCAGAAAAAGAUUCAUCAAAACAAUACGCUGUGAUGUUACGGUCCAUGGUAGAGCAUGCUUCACAUAUUGGCUAUGCUAUGCGAGGACAAGAAGUAGAGAUUGCUGCUGCUGCUGUAGGUGAAGGCACAGAACCCUUGGACCCCAAAACCAUGGUGGACGAAGAUGGUCAAACAUCAGGCACCAUUCAGUUCUGUGUCUGUCCUCCUUUUAUCAUGUACGGUGCCCGUGUUGAAAUAUUGGAAAAGGCUCGGGUUUUAUGUUCAAAAUAA